CUUUGCUCACUACUCCACUGGUGUGUCUGUGGAAGCUGCAGAACACUUUUUUCCACCAAUGGCUGCUCUUCUUUCCUUCUCUCUUCCUAAACCAAACUUAACCAAAGCUUCUUCUUCUGCUUUAUCUACCUCUACGUCAUCAAUUCCAGAGAGCCUUGAAGAAAAAUUUGGCAAGAAGGGCAUCAAGUUCUUGGAGUUUAACAAGGUUCCAUUCGUUGAGCUGACUGUUAGAAAUGGCAGCUCGUUAAGGCUUCGAAUUCCGGAUGCUCAUCUCACUUCCUACAGGCCUAAAGUCUACUGGAAAGACGAUGGCUUUGAGGAGGUGCUUUACACUGUUCCUGCUGGUGGGGAAGACUCUACCAAAUCCAAGGGUGGGAUUGGUUUGGUUAUCAAUGAUGCAUCUGAAUCAGCUUCAAAAACCUCUCUCUUCUCUGCAUCUGAUUGGACUGUUAAGGACACUGAUUCUGACGCCAUUGAUGCUCUCCAGGUUGAAUUGAGCUGCACUACUGGAACUCUUGAUAUAACCUAUGUGGUUUCCCUCUAUCCACUUAGCAUGGCAACAGCAGUAAUAGUGAAGAACAAUGGCCGGAAGGAUGUGACACUCAAAAGUGCCAUACUUAGCCAUUUGAAAUUCAAGAAAAGAGGGGGAUCGGCUAUUCAAGGACUACGCGGAUGUUCUUAUUGUUCGCAUCCUCCGUUGUCUUCGCCUUUUGAACUAAUAUCCCCAGCUGAGGCAAUGAAAUCUGAGUCUUCUGGAUGGUUUUCCUUUGACCCUGAAGAGAAACCAGGUUCAUGGACUGUCCAAGAUGUACCAAUGACCAUUUUGAAGAAUAAACUUAGCAGAGUGUAUGCUGCUCCUCCAUCAGAGAGACUGAAGGCAAUUUAUAACACUCCACCAUCAAAAUACGAAACCCUCGAUCAGGGGCGAGAACUUUUCUUCAGGAUGAUUCGGAUGGGUUUUGAAGAUAUAUACUUGUCAAGCCCUGGUUCAAUCUCAGAAAAAUAUGGGAAGGACUAUUUUAUCUGCACAGGCCCUGCUUCAAUGUUGGUUCCUGUGGUUAUCAAACCCAGUGAGAAGUGGAAAGGAGCACAGGUCAUUGAGCAUGACAACUUGUAAUUAUAGCUUUCACUUACAUAUACCAAAAUAUUUCUUCUUUUCUCUUCAUUUUUUCCUGCUUGCAGGGGAGUAGAAUUAGUUUUUCCUUUCUGAAACCAAUACUGUAAUCCCAAGCUUUCUUGGGUCAUCAUCAAUGUAGAAAUCAAAGAGGUUUAUGCUUAUAAAAUGUAUUAAACGGUUCAAGUUCU